GUCUUAUGUCAAAUGUUCCCGUUUUCCGUUUUUAGUUUUUGUGAUCACAUAUUUAUAAAAAAUAAGCAAUUUUUAGCCAUGUGUUAUGUGUUUCAAAAAAAAUUAAUUUUACAAUUUAAAAAGUAGAUAUAGAACGUUCGUUAAUUCUAAUUUCAUAAAUCCAAUUAUAAUGUCUCUUUCGGUUAAAAAUAUAGUGAAACUUCCUCAGACUCGAUUGGAAGAUACAUCGUUGGGCGAUGCAAUUUCUCCAGUAAAAAGUAAUUUAGUGCCGAUCGGUGGCGUAUUAUCCAAUACUAACUACGUUUGGCAAGCUAAGGGGUCGUGUUUGGAGGUUAGUUGUUCAAAAACCGGACGUAACAUCGGCUCUUGUGUAUUCGAUGGACUUGUAAAUGACUCGAAUACCCGUAUAGUAUGCGUCGAGGAACUGCAGAAGCCAAAUGGACGAUUAUUUCUAUUGGUCAUUGGAAUUGAGUGUUCAAUCAGCGGUGGACUUAUUUGUAUUUUCGAUGUGUUUCCUUCAGUAAUAAUUCGAUCCAUUCAUAUUAAUCAGAAGAUCUCCACUCUCCAUGUGGUAGAUCCCGGAAUUGAAAAUUUAAAUUUACCCGGCCCGUUAAGAAAUUUCGAUGGCAUUUUAGCUGUGGGCACUGAUGGAGGGGACGUAAUUUUACUUGAUAUAUGUAAGCAAUUAUGUGAAGAGUCUCUCCAUUUACAAACUAAAAAGGACGAACUUAAUCCAAGGCAAGUUCUACUUCUUACUGCUAAACAUGUUCCUAACAUAGAAUAUUAUAAGGAGAAAUCAGUUCAGGAAGGAAAACAUCUCGGAAUACACUUAAAUGCUGUUUUCGAUAAUAAAACAGAUCAUUUUGUUCUCAAGGGACCUACUGGUAACGAUUGCAUAUUUGUGAAUAAGGAAGAAGUUGUUGCGAGUGCUGUAUAUUAUUGCGGUCAACUAACAUCUCUUCUUGUGGGAUACAAUUUUGGGGCCUUCCAGUUAUGGGAUCUUACAUCUCUUAAGUUAAUUUAUACUUCACCAAUAUGCGAGGAACACAUUCCCGUCACACACUUUGCUUUGCAAGAACCUACCGAUGAUCCCAGGGCUUUUUGUUACAUUUGGGUAUCUUACAGUAAUAAUGAAUCGUUUCAAGCAGGCUUGCCUUUUGCAGUCAUGUACGCUCUGUGUUAUGAUUCCAAAGAAUACCAUGAAGGAUAUGGUUAUUUGUACCAGGAUUUUCAAAAUUGUACCAUCAGAUUUCAGAUGGAAUUGGGACAAAUUGAUGCGCACAAAGACGGAUUGUUGCCAAAAGGCGGACAUUGCUUGGGAAUACAAUCAAUAACGGUACAUUCGGCUAAUAGGGAAUGCUUCUCCAGUUUCAUUGCUGGUGAUGUGGUGACACUUUGUCUUAUUUCGUGGACGUUUUGGUACACGAAAACAGACACCCAAACGUGUAUGUUAAUCUUUGAUCUCAAUCAAUGGUAUAAAGAACAAAUGCCAUAUUUUUCCAAAUGGAGCGACUGCAAUGACUACAUCUUAAGAGUAAACAUACGUAGAGAGCUGGCGCUCCAAUCCCCACUUAUAUUAAGUGUAGCAAUAGAAGAAAAAUCGCUGGAACAAUACGUCGGCGUGCAAAAAUUGGAAGAACACUUUUGUCCGACGUCUUUUUCGUUCAACUUAUGCGUCUUAUGCGAAACAGUCGCCGUUUCAUUGCGCAUGCAAAGUUUGCAGAAGCUUCUCUUAGCGCAUAUCGAGUCUGCAGGUUCCAUGUGCCCCCUAAGACCGACGGAAGUAUUCCGACAGGCCGUCUCGAUUGGUUUAAUCCCACUGUUUGUCGACGUGAAAUCGGCAAACGUACUGCACCAGAUCGACUUGCAACGGGAAAUCAUUCUGAGCAUCGCCUUGGAACACCAAUUGUUCGGUUGGCUGUGCAAGUGCGCAUCUGAUUGGGCCAACGGCAGUUUUUCAGCGGCCGGGUGUUCGCUGGAUUUGUUUCUGAAUUGGGCGUUCCAAAGAGUACUCAUCCUUAAAAAUAAUUGCGACCAAUUUUGCGUUCUGUUAUUCGAUAACUCUCAAUCCAAAUUAGACGCAAACAUCAACGUGCUAUUCAACAGCUGUAAGAUCCAACUCAAAGGAUUGCUCAUUUUGUACAACUACAUCGAAGAGAACCUCGGGAAUUUCGUCAAUUGCUUGGAUUUGAUCAGAGAGCAAAGAACGAGAUUGGAAAUGUUGUGCAUUUAUUUUGAGGUUAUUCAAUGGCUCGUUAAUGUCGGUCUCCUUCCGGAAAGCCGAUCGACGAAUUAUCAUCGUAGUGAAAAUUCUGAAAGGAUUAGCGCUCCUUACCCAGCUCAGGAACUAGCGGAAUAUUACAACGAAAAACGUGCGGAAAACCAACUGCUCAGCAACGAUUAUUUCGAUUGCAACGAUAGCUUGCUGUUUAUCGAUAACUUGAUAAGUAGAAAAUGCGGCGGCGUCACAUUGCAAACGCAGUGGCAAAAGGACGAGGGGACGGGAUUUUAUCCGCCGCCUUCGUUGCAAUCGCUAGUGAGAACUUACCUGAUAGAUGGGGCGGAUAUCAGCCACAAACAUUCCUUAAUCAUUUACUUGUUCCUGGACUUGGCUAUGGCUCUGGAUCAGAAUAAAUAUUCGUCGGUGGUGACGCAUUUAAUAAAAUUCCCCGCAGUUUUCAAGGUGUCCUCGAGUUUGAUCAAAAUAACGCAGGCUUUUUGGCAUUUGGACCACGGCGAUUACGCGACGGCCAUGGAUCAAUUACUGGAUCCGUUUGUAUUGGGCGAGGAUCUUCAAGAAUGGCACCACGCUAUAGCCAUGAAAUCGCUUCUGAUUAACAAACAAUCGACUUACGCAUUGCGUUAUUUGAGGCAGAGAAAACCGCAAAUCUCCGACGAGAAAGACGUUUUGAUGGCCAUCAGCGUGUUUAUGGCGAACGAUAUGCUCGAUGAGGCUUUUUACUUCAUCGAACAACACAAAAGCAACAACGAGGUGAAAUUGUUGACCCACCUGUUCAAGGAAUGCGGAAGAAACGAAUCGCUCCACGCGAUUUUGUACAAAAGUUUAGAUACGGUUCAGGAGAAAACGUUCUUUAAGUACCUGAAAUGCGCCCAAAUACCCAAUUCUAGCGAUUUGCAGAUCUUCUAUCAUCUCUUGAGGUCGAGAUUUGUCGAAGCUUUCGACGCGCAUUCGAGCCAAAAGAAUCCUCACGAACGACUCGGCCUCAUCGGUCAGAGUCAAUCGACGAAAACCGAUCAAAUUGUUACCAUUUUUAAAUCAAUACUGCCGGAUGUUAAUAAAAAAUUAGUCGAAUACGUCAGAAAAGAAAGGUCGAAUCUGUGGAAAGAAGCGCAAAAUCCUGAGCCGAUGUCCGUGUUUCUCCAUGAUGCAAACGAGCAAGUGCGAUUUAAAUCGAGUUUAAUUUACGCAGCGUUAGUAAAAGCCAAACACACAUUUAACGAGUCUAUUAAUAACGAAUCAUUAACCGAGGAAACGCCGUUUUUGAGAUCUCCAACUGCCACUAGAGGCAAUCGAAGAACUAGGCACUCUGUAAUAACACCUAUAAUAAUUAAUGAUGAUAAUGUAGAACCAGAUGCGGAAGCAUCGCCUUGUAAAAGAAUAAAAUUAAGCCCUAGAUUAUCUACAAGCGAAUUUAAUUCGCCAUUGAGGUCAGAUGCUCGACAAAUUACCCUAACACCUAUAAUUAAAAGGAAAAUCUCAUUGGAGGAGCAAUCGGCUAUGGAACAGUAUACACCACAUAGCAUCCUAAAAGCAACUAAUAUAACUCAACAAGAACCUGACGAAACCAUCGAUCACCACACUAAAACCAAUCAUCACCAAGAAAGCAAUACAAAAAUACAAUGUAGAUCGUCAUAUUCAAAGCAACACGUCCAAUUCGAAGAUUCGGCGGGGCUUUCUUCGUCGCUCAGCGACCAGAGCACCAAACAAUUCGACCAGGAAGAGUCUGAAACAGUUCCGCUGGAACAAGUGAACGAAACCAACGACGACAGCGACUCGGUAUUUUAUUCCCCCAGCGAUUCCUACCAGAAUUUGAACGGCGAGACCGAAAAUAAACCGGAAGAACCGACGCCUGCUUCUGUAGAAGAUGUUGAACCCGUCGUGAAGUCGCCGAAGGCCCGAAGAAGUUACAAACGAUCUUUGGCAGAGUCUCCUUCGAUCCGUUCGAGUCCGAGAUUGUCCAAAUUGCAUUCAGAAAAAUCUGACGAUGGUCGAUCUGGAGAAGUCGAAACGAUUAAAGAAACUUCCAGGAGAAGCAGCGAUUCGUUUGUGAACGAUUCGCCGAUAACCAAGCGUAGCGUUACAAGAAGAUCUUUGAGUCGCCAAGUAUUGGAACGCAAUACUUCGAAAUUGCUGGAAACGUUAACCCGCGAAGAGAAAACUAUUAUUGUUAAUACAAGCGUAGAAUCGAGAAAAAUUACCUGUAAUGAAAACGAGGAGGUAGAAUCAUCGGUUACAAUGGAUGAGUCUUCUGUUGUUGAAAUUAACCAGUCUGAAUUUUACGAAAAAUCGUUCCACUAUGACGAUAGUACUAAAGAAGAAUGUAGUAUCCAGAAAGCAGAAGAUAAUAGUAGCAUAAAGACAAGCGGUGAACAAGAAUUCUUCAAAGAAGAACAAAUAGUAGUAGAAGACUCGGUGUCAUGUACUGAAAAUAAUGAAAACGAUUGUAUAAUGAUUGAAUCAUCAGAAGUAACUUCACUUACUACUUUAACUCCUGUCGCAAACGAAGAAAUUGAGGAUAAUGACGGAAAUGAACAAUUAACAGAUAUUUACAAUGAUCUUGAAGAAAACGAUGAAAACGUAGACGAUAUGUAUGACAGCGAUGAAUCAAGCAUACCUGAGUUACAAAAGGCAUUCGUUGCCGAUCAGUCCGAGGCCGCUGACGCUGUCGUCACCAUCAGCGAUGAUGAUGAAGAAGAAAAUGACGAAUCAACGAGUGAAUCCAGAAACUCGGCGUUCAGUAAAACAACAGAAGAAAAUACGUGCGACUUUCAAGAAGAAAACAGCGAAAGUUGCGAUAGUUUUAACAAAGCUUUCCUGGGAACCCCCUCUAGAGAGUCCCAAAAAACUAACGCACAUACAAAAAUUGAGGCAUGCACCAACACUACACCUCAUUCAUUAAAAUUUACAGCAAAUAAAAAUACAAUUGAAGAACCAGAUGUAAAACUGCCGCUAAAACAACCUCCUUCAAACGAAGUAUCUACCAACACAACUCGCUCUUUGGCCAAACCCAUUGAUUCAACUGAUGCAGAAGAAGCCUUAGCACAACUUAACUCUGAGGUAACACUACCGAUCGGCGAAAUGAUUGACACCGAAGACAUUGAAGAUCCUAGCAACCUCCAGCUGUACUUGUACGAAUCGUUAACAGGCGAAGAAGAAGAUGUUGGUGAUGUAACGAGACCCCCCGCGUCUGAAGACACCUCUUCGAACACCACCGAGGGCGAACCCUCCAGAAAAGAAAUCGUAACAGCCGAAAUUCACGCGACUAACAAGGACGAAGAAAAACCUUCAGUUGAACCUACGAAAUCGAAUCGACAAAGCAGCGUUAUCGAUUGCAAAAUCGCCGAUUACGACGACAUUACGCUCGAACGAAAAGUCAAAAGCCCCUCUCCUGAAAAAGUCGUCAUCGUAGCUCGAAGGUCCCGCAGGGCCGCAUCGGCUGCGACCGCGCCAACUAGCGAAUUUAAAAUAGACUGCGACGCCGACGACUCGAUGAAACUAAUAGACGGCGUUGGAACGAACAAAAUUUCAAAGAGCAAAAGCACGGCGAAACCGACUGCUCGUCGUAGGGCCAAAUCUUUGUACGACGAUACUAGCGAUAAAUCGGCUGGAAAAAAUCGAGCUGCCAAAAGCAAAACGGUAAAAAAAGUCAACAGCGAUGCUCAGGAAUACGGCACUACUCGGCGAUUAACGAGACAUCAGGCGAGUAUUAUUAGAGGUAUUUCCACCAUCCCAGAGGAAAGAAUUUCUUUAGACGUUGAUGACAUCGAUCCCAUAAAUUUGUUAGACAAAGGCUCGUUUGAAGGUAAACCGGACCCAGAGGAAACGAUGGUCUACGACAGAACAUCUCCUUCGACUAGCGCGACUUCCGCACGUAAAACCUCCCUAAGGAAUAGGUCCAAUUCGGUGGCUUCAGCAGCAUCGAACACGCUUUCGCAGAGCCACACUGAGAGAUCUAAACGGUCCACGAGGAGUCAAACAAAAAGUCCACCUGCAGGAGUAUUGACAAGAUCGAGGACUUGUUCAGAAAGCAGUUCAGUGGUAUCGGAGGUCGCGGAGUCCGCUGUUUCGUCUAAGAGAGCCUCUAAGAGGAAGAGAGGCGCAAACACUGAGAGCGAGGUCUCUACUAGGAGCAGAACGGAGUCGGUUUCUUCUAACAAAUCCGGUGCUUCAACUAAAAGAGUAACAAGGGCAAGUGGUAAAUCUAAUUUACCUGAUAUUGAAGAGGAAAAGGUAGGAAUAGCGAGUCAGCAUCGACAAGUGGAACAAGAAGAAAACCAAAAAAACAUAGCUGAAAACUUCUGAUAGGUAUAGCAUAACUUUUAUAAGUUCUAAUACACAUGUUAAAGUGUUUUUUGUACAUAAAUGGUUAAUUUUAUUACAUUUUUUUAUUGGCCUGCAACAUUCCAUUCACACCAAUGAUUAAGUUUUGUGAGUCGUAAAAGAUGUUAAGC